UAUGCCUAGUUCCCAGAUGCAGGACGAGAAAGAUGAAAAAAUAUAACGUUUUAGAAAACACGUUUCGUAAUCCCCACUAUAUAAAAUAAGACGAGGAGGUCAGAACCACACUCUUCACCACCACCACAGCCAUGAAGGUCGCACUGUUACUCCUCGGUCUUGCAGCCGCCGUAAUGGUUCAAGGGGAACCAUGGUGUCGAUGCGGAGUUUUCAUCACCUUCAGCGAUGAAGAGGAGAUGGUUUAUGCGAUCGACGACAUCGCCAUUCAGUCUUGUGACGACGUAGCCGAGACGUGCAAAACUACUUGCUCCUCCCAGAUUAACGCACUGACCAACAACGGUGACCUGUGGUAUGUGACCCCUUCUAAUCAGACUGUAGGUCAGGUUAUCUGCACGAAAUUGGCUACCGCACACCACCACCACCACCAUUAUGUCCAUAACCACUACCGUAGGGUUCAUGCAGCUCUCUUCAGGAAAGAAAAAUUAUCGUCAAUGGAACCUGCAACAGGAGAGGAUGAAGCAUCUGUCCUCACUCUGAUCCCAACAGCCAGAGAGAGAGAGAGAGGCACGAUGAAGCUCGCACUUGUCCUUCUUGCCUUGGUUGUGGCCGUAAGUGCCCAAAAGGAGCCAUGGUGCCGCUGUGGCGCCUUCAUCACUUAUAACGAUGACGAGGCUAUGGUUUACGAAGCACCAGAAAUCACCAUCGAUUCCUGCCAAGACGAUGCUAAGGAGUGCAAGAUUGCCUGUGUGACGGAGUUGAAGCAGCUUAGCAACGACGGCGACAUGUGGUAUACGCUUCCAUCCAACAAAACCGUAGGACAGUACAUUUGCGAGACUUUGACAGCACUCCACUACGACUUCGUCCAUAACCACAUCGUAUAUGGCUAUUUCGAAGUGUGUGGUGGCCCCUGGGAGUACACAGGCGUGUCCUCACAGGGAAUGCUCUGCUGUGAUGACGGAUUCCAAGAGCACUGCAUCAAUGAGAAGAAUUAAAUAGGAGGCUCGGAGAAUCUGGCACGAUUCAAUACCGACAUCAAGGAGAGGAUGGAAUCGUUACACUUUGUCUAAUUUAUCUCAGAAUCUAUCUUCAUCAGUUGCCAGACUUUACGUAAUGUCAUUA